UCGGGCGCGGGUUGCCGGGACUGGCGGCGGCGGCGGCUGCGGGAGGCUCGGCCUGAGGGGCCUGCUGGCGGCGCGGCCUAGGGAGGCGCAGCGGCAGGUGGGCAGGAGUGUGUUUAAAGAAGAUUCAGGAAAGAUAAGAAAAGGGCAGUGGCAGGUGCACUAAAGGAGGGUGCACUGAUGCUGAAGAACUAUGAGCUUUCAGAACUUCUGGAGAGACUACAAAGUUCUGGUUGUUAUGGUACCUUUAGUUGGGCUCAUACAUUUGGGGUGGCACAGAAUCAAAAGCAGCCCUGUUUUCCAAAUACCUAAUAAGGACAAGGUUCCAGAGCCAGAUAAUCUGGCGCUUGCAAGUUCUCAGAAGAGCCACAUCCAAGAGAAAUAGAAGGCUUGCAAUCUUCAGAAAGAAGCAGCUUUGAAUCUGAGCUUGAUAUUGAAAGAAGAGAUGAAAAACAUCAGUUGGAUUAGAAAGAACUGGCUUCUUGUCGCUGGGGUUUCUUUCAUAGGUGUCCAUCUGGGAACAUACUUUAUACAGAGGACUGCAAAACAAUCUGUGAAAUAUCAGUCUGGAGGAAACAACGUAUUGUUGAAUAAUGAAGUAAAAUAAAUGUUUGGAAUUACUAAUAUGUCAUUAAAUCAUUACAUGCUGAUUAGCUUCGUAAACACGGAGCUAUUUAAUUUUAUAGCCACGAUGCUGCAUAUUCAGACUUUCAUUCCUGAAGAAUAAUUUUUUUUAAUGUGAAAACCCAUGACAAUACAAUACAUAGAAAACUAUGGUUAACAAAAUAAAAACUGUCUUCACAAAUUACCACCUGAAGUAAGAUGUCUCGUUUCGAAGCUAAAAAGCCAUCAUUGUGUAAAAGCGAACCACUGACAAGUGAGCGAGUUAGGGCCACACUUUCCGUCUUGAAAGGAAUCGUAACGUCGUGCUAUGGCCCUUUGGGUCGGCUGAAGCAGCUGCACAACAGCCUUGGAGGCUCUGUGUGCACAACCUCACAGUCGUCAGCCCUGCUCGCUAACCUCUCAGUCACCCAUCCCAUUUUAAAGAUCCUGACAACUUCCAUGCAGAAUCACGUGUCAUGCUUCAGUGACUGUGGCUUAUUCACAGCCAUUCUUUGCUGCAACCUGAUUGAAAAUGCUCAGAGAAUAGGUUUGACACCCAGCACUGUCAUUAAAUUAAAUAAGCACCUUUUGAGGCUCUGCAUCAGUUACCUCAAGUCUGAAGCCUGUGGUUGUCGAAUUCCAGUUGACUUUAGUAGUACCCAGAUCCUCCUUUGUUUGGUGCGAAGUAUACUAACCAGUAAACCUGCCUCUAUGCUCACCAGAAAGGAAAUAGACCAUAUCAGUACUUUGAUUCUGAGAGCCUUUUUGCUUACAAUUCCAGAAAACACUGAAGACCACAUCAUUUUAGGAGAGAGUAUAAUUGUACCUUUAAAAGGUCAAAGAGUUAUAGAUUCUACUGUGUUACCUGGAAUACUUAUUGAAAUGUCAGAAGUCCAACUGAUGAAGGGAUUACCUGUCAAAAAAUCAGAUUCCCUCAAGGUGGCACUCUUUUGUGCAUCUUUAUCUGGAGACCUUUCUGAUACUGGAGAAGGAACUGUGGUGGUCAGUUAUGGGGUUUCUCUUGAAAAUGCAGUCCUGGACCAGUUGCUUAACCUAGGAAGGCAGCUAGUGAGUGAUCAUGUAGAUCUUGUUAUGUGCCAAAAAGUUAUACACCCAUCUUUGAAACAGUUUCUCAGUAUGCAUCGUGUUAUUGCCGUAGACAGAGUUGGAGUGGCUCUCAUGGAACCCUUGAGUAAAGUGACAGGAUCACAGCCUAUUGGUUCUCUGGGCUCAAUCUCCCCUAGUAGUUAUGGAAGUGUGAAGGAUUUGUGCACUGCAAAAUUUGGCUUCAAACAUUUUUUUCAUCUUAUUCCUAAUGAAGCAACUGUCUGCAGUCUGCUUCUCUGCAACAGAAAUGACACUGCCUGGGAUGAGCUGAAGCUCACGUGUCAAACAGCACUGCAUGUUUUGCAGUUAACACUCAAGGAACCGUGCGUUUUGUUGGGAGGAGGCUGUACAGAAACUCACUUGGCAGCAUAUAUCAGACACAAGACUUGUAAUGAGCCAGAAAGCAUUCUUAAGGAUGAAGGAUGUAAUCAAACAGAACUUCACCUAAUUACUGAAGCGUUUUGCAGUGCACUAGAAUCUCUCGCUGCCUCUUUAGAACAUGAUGGAGGUGAAAUUCUCACUGACAUGAAGUAUGGACACUUUUGGUCACUUCAGGCAGAUUCUCCCUCUAUUGUCAACUGGCCAGAUUUGCUUUCAAGAUGUGGCUGUGGCCUCUACAACAGCCAGGAAGAGCUCAGCUGGUCUUUCCUGAGGAGUACUUGUCACCCUUUUGCGCCACAAACCUGCCUUCCACAUGAAGCUGCAGGCUCAGCCAACUACCUGACCUUGGACUGUUUUACUGCUAAGCUUAAUGGCCUACAGGUGGCUGUGGAGACAGCCAAUUUGAUUUUGGAUCUUUCGUAUGUCAUUGAAGAUAAAAACUGAUAUCAGAGAAUAGCAUGUUUAUAUUACCAAAAAAAACUAGUCAGGUGUCAAUUAAGAAAAAUAUUGAAUGUACUUGUUCUCUCCCAAAGGCCUGUUCUGCAUAUCUGGAAAGAUGAUUCAUAAAAUUAUAGAUUUACUUAAGAAAAAAAGGUAUGAUUCUUGAAUAGAAGUACCAUAGAAUAAUGAAAAUAUGAAGCAUUAUUAAAGAUAUUGUAGUUAUCUUAGGGAUUCCACUUUAUAUUGUUCUGAGUUUUUGUUGUUAUUUUGAUAUCCUAAGAAUAU